GCUGAAGUUAGCGCAAAUAGGUCGUUUUAACAUUUGCAGCAGUGCAUGAGUUGAUAGAAGUAUGUGGUUUUCUUUAUAAAUUAUCGAAGAACUCAUAAGAAAUUUGCUUGAAAAGAAACUAAAUUUCAUCUGUUCACUCUAUAUUAGUAAAUAAAACAUCUGCAAUAACAGUUUUGCCUAGUCAUGGACCUGAAUUUAAGAGUUUUGAUUGAGCCUCGAGGGUUCAUUCGAAUCAUUCAAAUUGUGAUGUCUAUAUUUGCAUUCGCAACAACUGCUGGCUUUGAAACAUUUGUUACUCUUGAAAUUAAAUGCAAAGCAUUUGAAAGGACUGUACAGUAUAAAUUUGGAUAUCCAUUUAAAUUGGGAAAGACAGGUUUCAGGGGGCCCGAAUCAUGUGCAAAUAUUUCUGAUAUAUCUUAUAAAAUGUAUACGUUUCCAUACGACUUCUCCAGUAAUGCAGAAUUUUUUGUUGCCUCUGGUGUGCUGACUUUAAUGUAUACUGCAGGAAUUCUGUUUAUCUAUGUGAUCAUGCAUCGAUUAUAUUCAACCAAUCAAAUGACUCCUGUAAUUAAUGUGCAUUGAAGAAGCAUGCAUAUGGAAUUCACCAGGAGCAGAUUUAAUUAUACAUAUUUUACUAAUGUAAUUGCUUCACAUUGUUUUUAAAAAGAUAAUUUUUAUCUUAGCUGUAUUACAGAAUGUGCAUUGAAGA